CCGAUGUAGAACCAUCGUCUCCUUCAAAGGUCUGGAAGAGUAUUAGGGUUUGGACCUCGCAAGCCUCUGGCACAGGGCGAUUGUGGAAGGAGAGGUCCUACGAUGGAGCUCUCCCCGGAGCAUCCGAUCGGGGUCUCAGGGCGUGACGCCGUGCGCGUGGCGGUGGACGCGAUGCCUCUGAAAGGGUUGCCUAUACCGGCCUGCAGCAUCCAGGCGAUCGCUGUGGCUCGCCUUGUAAGUAGCGGGACAGUGGUGGUGUACGUGGGGACAGAUAAUGGUCAUCUACUGCUGUUCACAUUGUCUGAUCCCGCCUCGUCGUCAGGUGUUUCGAAAGCCGCUGCCGAUCAGGCAUCGGGAUCUCCAUUGAGUGUAUCGCGAGUGGCGUCGUCAGGUGCGUCUGUUUCAGGUUUUCCUAGUAGGUCUCAAACUGUAGGGGUUGCUGCGCAAUUGAAAGAAGAGGAAAUUAAGUCUUAUAAUGGUGAGGAAGUUCAGACAAGGUUUCCGAUUCAACAAGGGGGAACGGAAAACCCUGCGCAGGAAUCGGAAUUUAAGAGUGUUGAUGGUGGAACUAAAUUGGUGCUUAGAAGAAGGAUGAUUAUGGGGAAAACACCGAUUCAAGCUCUAUGUGCAUUGCCCGAGGCUAGACGGAUUGCCAUUCUCUUUGAAGGGCAGGUUUGUCUUCUGGAUAUGAAAACCUUGGGUGCAAUGGAGAUGUUAUCAGGCACAAAAGGCGCUUCAGCUCUUGCUCAGGCAAUGUCUGCUCCUUCUCCGGCAUUUGGGGGCUCUUAUUUGGAUGCUCAAAAGCAAGUAGAACCGGGGCUGUCUAAUUCGGAGGAAAAACUAGGUUCAACGGGAUUUAUGGGGAAGUUCUCUUUGCCUUUUGGUCGAUUGGGAUCGCAAUCUGAGCUCUCUUUAAGCAAUCUGUCUGCAACUCAGGGCGCAGGUCUUAGCAGAUUAGCGGUUGCCGUAAGAAAGAAAAUUUUGAUUUAUGAAGUACGAGCAGUAGAUUCUCCUCCCCAAGCUGAAAAGAAUUUUGGGGGUUUACGGCGUUUCGAUACCGGCUGGGAUAAUGCGACCACAACGUCGGCCACAAAGUUGCGGGAAGUGUCGGGUAUUGAUGGUAUUGUGACAAUGGUGUGGCUUGAGAAGACCAUUAUCGCUGGUACACAUGAGGAAUAUUUGUUAUUUUCGUUAGUUUCCGGGCAAGGGACCCCUAUUUUUUCGCUACCGUCAGAUUUGCCCUAUCCUCCUUUACUGAAGCUCUUUCCUAAGGACCUUGAGGUAUUGCUUGCGGUGGACAAAGCUGGGAUUGUAGUGAAUGCAGAAGGACAGCCCACAGCGGGGAGCUUAAAUUUUGCUGUGGUACCGGACGCCGUUGGUCAAACUCCUCCUUAUGUUGUUGUAGUGAAGCAGGGUCACACUGAACUCUAUCAUCGAAACACAGGUGCCAAAAUUCAGUCACUCGAACUUGCAGGUGCAGGGGUAGGGCGGUUUUUGGUGGCAGAAGAUGAUGGUGGAACACUUGUUGUCAUUGCAAGUGGUGUGAAGGUGUGGUGUUUACAACAAGUAUCAUUAGAUGAUCAAGUUCGUGAUCUUCUGAAGCAACGGCAGUUCAAUGAAGCUGUGGGUUUAGCACAAGAGGCUGUCGCAGAGGGAAGUGACAGUGCGGCGAAAGAAAGAUUGGCAAUCGUUCAUGCAGAAGCGGGGUUUCUAUUGUUGUUCGACUUACAAUUUGAGUUAGCGAUGGACCAUUUUUUGUUAUCUGACAUCUUACAACCUACGGAGCUCUUUCCAUUCUUUCCUUCUUUUACGACACGUUGGCGAACCUUGAUACCUCGAAAACGGUAUUGGGGAUUACAUCCGCCUCAGCAGCCUAUGACAACUGUAAUAGAAAGUGGGUUAUGGGCCGUGCAAAGUGGGCUGCUCGUACUUGUAAACGAUCAAAAAGUCUCGAGCUUGCUGGCACAAGGCCCUUCUGCAAAAGCAACCAUCAUAGACCAUUACCUCGGCAUUGCUAUGCAGAGCUUUGUUCGGUAUUUGAAGGUAGUACGUGAGAGAGAUCUCGACGCCGAGGUCAAAGACGGAGUUGACACCCUUCUUCUGAAACUUUAUGCCGAACUGGAUCAAACGGAGGAGUUGAAGCAGCUUGCCUCUUCACCAAAUAAUUGUGUCCUGGAGGAGGUUGAAUCUGCUCUCGAAGCUGCUGGCCAGCUUCAUCCGUUAGCACUACUCUAUGAAACCAAAGGCAUGCUUUCGUUGGCCUUGCAAGUCUGGCAGACUUUGGCCCACGAUGCUCGUGUUGGAGAUUCUCAAGUGGUGGCCGUGGGAGAAGCAGCUCGUUUGCUGGAGAUCUCAUCUGACAGUGCUCUUGUUCUACAACACUUACAAUGGCUCUUACAUUUAGAUGAAAGAUUGGCAUUCUCAGUGUUAACGUCAGCCAAGCGAUCCCAGUCUCUUCCUCCUGGUGAUGUGCUGGCCUUACUGAGUGAUGAGGAUGGGCUUCUACGUCUGAGAUAUUUACAGUGGUUGGUGGAGGAGAAUGGCUGUGAUGUUGCUAUGUAUCACACAAAGUUCGCCCUUGCUCUCGCCAAAGCAGCACUAGAAACUGUUUCUCUAAGCCCAGUAGAGUUGGGCAGUGAAGAGAAGAGGUCUACAGGGCACAAAUCUUCCCCAAAGGAUCAGCAUCCGCUUACAAGACGGACGUCUUUGAAUCAUGAUGUAAUAAGAAGCAUGUUGCAGACGUUUUUGGCUGCAUCGGAUAAUUAUGAAGCUGGCGAGGUUUUAUCAUUGAUACAGGGUUCUGAUUUAUGGAGAGAACAAGUUACUCUACAUCAGAAGUUGGGAGACGAAACAGCCGCUCUUCAGAUUCUAGCCUUAAAGCUUGAGGAUAGUGAAGGAGCCAGGAACUACUGUGCAGAGCUGGGCCGACCUGAAGUUUAUAUGCAAUUGUUGGACAUGUACUUGAAGCCUGGAGAAGGUAGAGAACCAAUGCAUGAUGCGGCUGUGCGUCUUUUACAUUGCCAUGGCGCAUCUCUUGACCCGUUGAAAGUAUUGGAGGCUUUAUCUCCAGAAAUUUCACUUUCUUUGGCUUCUCGGACCAUAUCACGCAUGCUCAGUGCACGUGUACAUCGACACCGAGAGGGCCAGAUUGUAAAACAUAUCAGUAGACAUAACAACCUUGAGGCAAGAGUGGAUCGUGUGGAGGAAAGAUCACGACAAGUCUGUAUCACUGGCGACACUACAUGUGGUCGCUGCCGAGCUCGCAUAGGCACCAAGCUUUUUGCACUUUUCCCUGACGAUUCAGUUGUUUGCUAUAAGUGCUCACGAUUAUAUGGGGAACAUAUAAGCCCAAUUACGGGUCAAGAUUUCUUGAAGGACCCGCCGUUCAGACAGCCACGCACUUUGACCAGGACUCCUAGCUCUUUGACUUAGUGAAGCUCUUUUGCACUUUUGUGCAUGCUUAGUAGAUGGUCAUCUGUUCCGCCUAAUUGUAUAUUUGCUUCAGGCGAGUCAUUAUUUUUGGUUGUUUUUAUCAACCUCUAUCUUAGGAGUUAGUAGUUUACUGCUUGAUGGUACAACAAUGUAUUACGUAAUUCACUUCUUGAGUGACUCAAUAAUAAUUCCAACAUGAGGGGAUUAGCAGUAGUAACUGUAGUUAGCAAGCAUGCCACAUACUACAUCUCUGUAUUUAUGGGUUCAUAUCUACAUAGUGUUUCUCUCCAGACGUUAUUUUGAA